GUGAGUGGAACAGAAGGUGAAGAGGAGUGGGAGGAGUCAGGCUGUGGAGUUUGGGAUAAACAGUUUGAAACUAAUACGCGUUAGGUUAUUAGUAUGUAUUUUAUCGUACGGGGUGUUUAGAAGGCGUUAUUUUACUCAUUCCGGCGGAGGAGGAGGAUGUCUCUGGCCGAGCAGAGCCGGCAGUGGUACCCGACCAGCGUGCAGGUGACGGUGCUCCAGGCGCGCAACCUGCGGGUCAAAGGCAAAAACGGUACGAAUGACGCGUACGCGAUCAUCCAGGUGGCCAAGGACAAGUUCUCCACGGCGGUGGCGGAGAAAUGCGUGGAGCCCGUGUGGAAGGAAGAAGCCUCCUUCGACCUGCCCCUGUUCCAGCGUGGGAAUGCCGAGCGCUGCACCCUGCACGUCGUGGUCAUGCACCGUGCCCUGGUGGGAAUGGACAAGCUCCUGGGACAAGCCGUGAUCAACCUACCGGACCUGCAUGACGACAGGAACUGGAAAAAGACCGAUUGGCACAAGCUGCUGGAUAAGAGCGGCAAGGCGGACAAGGACAGAGGCGAGGUUCUCCUCGACAUCCAGUUCAUGCAGAACAACGUGACGGCCAGCAUGUUUGAUCUCUCCAUGUCGGACAAGCCACGGUCCCGUCUCUCCAAGUUCAAAGACAAGGUCCGGGGCAAGAAGAAGGACGGGAUUUCCGACACCACGUCCGCCAUCGUCCCUUCCUCGGUCGGCCAGAUUCUGACCGACAGCGAGGGGGAGGAAGAGCAAAGCACAGACUCUCCAAAGCUGAAAAAGUCCUCCAAAUUUAAGGGUCUUUUUGGAUCAAAGACGAAUCUCCACAGAGGCGUGUCUCAGUCCAUGUCCACCCUCGGCUCGCUGCCGGAGAAGAACAGCUCGGUGAGCAGCAGCCGGUCAUCGGGCCUCAAUGACGAGUUUCCUGAAAGUAAAGAUGCCAAAACCAAGCUAAAGUUACCGGGCCACAAGAGGAACGUUAGCACAGACAGCAAGAUAUCUCUAGGCCCUUUCGCCCUGCUAAGUCGCCCCAAACAGAGCACUCCCGAACAGAGUGCCGUGUGCAUCAACGGCAGCCACGUUUACGCCGAGGAUGAAGAGCCCAAACAGAGUGGCUCUGCAAAAGAUUCGGCCGAAGACGUAAGGAGAAACCACGAGCGAAAUGCUUCUGCUAGCUCCACCGACUCUUUCAAGGGCCUCAGCAUUCCCAGUUACAAGCCUGACUCGGAAAAGGAAUUCCAGCUCCAACAGCGCCCUCGUGAGGCCGAGGAGAAGAAGCACAAGGUCUUGGACGAGCAGCAAGACGAGAUCCGGAGGAAACUAGAGGAAGAGGAACGGAAGAUGCAGCAGGAACGGGAGAGGAAGCGGCUCGAGGAAGAGGAAGAGCAAAGGAAGAGGCGUGAAGAAGAAGUGAGGAAAGUGGAUGAACAGAAACGUCAAGAGGAGUCCAGAGUGACCGAGAGGCUUAGUUCUCUGUUCGGGUUAGGGCGGAAGAAAGAGGAGCAAACUGCUCCAGCUGUGACGAGUCCCAAACUACCCGACUCCGCAAACCCGUUUGAGGAAAUCCCGCUCGGCUCAGACAGUCCGAACGUUCUCCCGAAGAGGAACCCGACAGAACCACAGACGGAGGUGCGGACUGCAUUCGCCCCGAUGCCACCCUCCAUCGGAUUUCCAUCUCGUACAGCCAAGGUUUCGGCAGUCAAACCAAGAUUGACUCUCAAUCAGAAGCCUGAAACAGAUAAUACUGAUUCCCUUGCCUCCCCUGUCCCCUCAGAAACGCAGAACUCUGUUCCCGUCUCUGCUUUUUCCCCUCAACCAUCACCUUCUAGUGAUCCCUUUGAGUCUUUCGAUAUGUUCUCUAACCUUCACUCCUCUAUGGCACCUCCUAAAGUCCAGAGAACUUAUUCAGGUGGUGAGAAUACCACCAGCCCGUUAGAGAAAAAGUACAAAGCCCCUCAGCCACCGGGCUAUCCUGGGGAUCCUUUCAAAAAUGAAAAGUCCAACCAGAAAAAUGGAGUACAGGUUAAUUCACCAACUUCUGAUAAGAGUCAAAGACCUUCGCUUCCUCUGCCUGACUAUGAAGCCCUUUUUCCCAAGAAGAGGCACGGCGUAAUGGCUGAUAUGCGUUGGGAAAACAUCAUUGCUGAAGUGAACCAGAGACAGAUGAUUUCCGAGGAUGUCGAAGAAGAAAUGAGCGUAGACACUCCUGAUAUGCCCAUGUCAAACGAAUCAUCGGUUUUAAAAGAAAGAAGUAUGAAUCAGCGUCACAGAGAUAAUCGGGUCCUGUCUUCUAGCUCAAUUAAGGGGAUGGAGCCUAAACAGGCUCUAAUUCCAUCCAAACCAGCCAAUUUAUCAACACCAAAGCGGCAGCUUGUGGGCAAUUUUGAACAAGGCAAUACCCGUGAAGGAUUAUAUUUGGUACACGGUGAAAAAUCCAAAACGGAUUUGGAAAGAAACCCUGGACCACCAGUCCAGAGUCGGCAAGAGGCUCAGACGAAUAUCAAGAGAACUUUAAACCCUGUUCCUGACCCUACGCUGAGUCAAGUUUCAGAGAUGAAAAAGGAAAAACCAACACCGAUAGCAAGGACUAUGAAAAAUUCAACUUCUUCAGCAGAUUCAGAGCGUGAUGAUACUCCAGUGUUGCCUCUUGCCAAACCUAGGCAAGGAGCUCCAAAUAAAGAACCAGCCCGACAGGUUGAACCAGAGCAGAGUAUUCUUGCUCGUACAUCCUCAGCACAUUCUCAGGUGGAAAGAAACAAAGAAGGUGGCAUGACCUCUAAGAGUCUGUGGGAGAAUUCUGACUUUAAAGAAGAAAAACCUACCCCUGUAAAUAAUAUAAAUACACCUGUUGGCAAACCAAAAGAACAACCACUUGUGAAUGUCCCAAGUGCACCUGGGAAACAAAUGACUGAAUUUGAUCCUUUCCCAAUGGAUAAGCUAAUCUCUCACGAUCCCUGGGCUUUCCCAGAAAUGGCCAUGGAUAAAGAUGACUUUUUUACUGGUGUUCUAAAGAAAGGAAAAAAGCCUGAAGAUAAGAAAUUAUCCCCUGAUGACUUUGAUAACAUAUUUGGAUCCGUUGCAUCAAAAAAUGAAAUGGAUCCAUUUUUUGCAUCCAAAAAUGAAGCAGAUCUUUUCUUUGAACCACGUUUGGACCGAUCGAAUAACACAAGCACUACUUCCCCGAAGGUAUUCUCACAAAAGAAAAAGCUAGCGCCUCUGCUCGCCAAGAAGUCUGUAACGGGGAAAGAUACCACUGAUGGACUAGUCCUUCAAGAGCCUGAUGAUGAUGAAAUAACUGUUACUAGUCUUGCUGUAAGAAAGCGUGGUGAAACCACAUCAAAUGUGCAUUUAGAUCCAUUUACGUCCCAGUCUUCAGCUGUACCAGAACUCUUAUCUGGAAGUGCUUCUGGGGGCAAAAACGCACUCUGUGCCUGGGUAUCACCCUCUGAGGUUCAGUCAGGUAUCUCACAGAGCAGUGGAGGUGCUGGGGUAUUGAGCUCUCGCAGACCACACCCGGUGAAACCGAUGGGUCCUUAUGAAAACCAGUCUCCGGCUAGUGUUUCCAUGGGAAAAGAUUCGAGGAUUCCAACCAUCCGAGAAAUGGCUGAAAAAUCAAAGCCCGGAGAGAGUGGCCCAUACACCCAGCUAACUCAGGAAGAGUUGAUCACGCUGGUGGUGAAGCAGCAAACCGAUUUGUCCAAAAAGGAUGAGAAGAUUGUUGAGCUGGAAUCCUACAUCGAUAACCUGCUGGUGCGUGUCAUGGAUGAAAAACCCAGCAUCCUCUUAUCCAUGGAGUCUAAGGCUUAAAGGAUGAGGUUCUUCAUUAUAACACUACGAGAUGAAGGAAGCUGCUAUCCACACCAAAGUGUAACAUUUUCAUCUUUUGAUGAGAGGAGCUUCCAAGGAAACCCAGUCUUCCAGUGAUGAUGAUGCACUAUGGUUUCAUAUACAGAUUGAGCUUCUGAAAAAAGGUGAAACAGCUGUACAGUGGGCAAGAUAGGACGUUAGUUGCUCUGGACAUGUCUGUUUUAAGUCUCAAGAUGAAACCAGCUUAUCAAACGGUGAUAUGAAGGAUUAAUACCUUUUAUGGUGAAAUUAUAUGUAAAUGUUCUAUAAAGCACAUCUUCGGUUAGAUGAAAAUAAUGUGUAUGUAUUAGUUGUCACAUUGAAAAAAAAUUUGUGGAAUUAUUCAUAUUUUAACACUGGAUGAUUUUUCUUCACAAUCCUGGACUAGAUUUAUUCUGGUGUCACAUCACCCCAGACAUGUCCAUUAUAGAAUACCCACAGUUGUUAGAUGUGUCUUCAGUCAUGCAUUAAGAUAAUGUAAUUAUUUAUUGUCUUGGCUGCUGACUUUAGACUUGCACGUUCUGGUACUACGCCAUCCCUGCCUCAUAACACCAUGUCUGUCAUGUUAUCAGUUCGUCCUCGGCUAUUGUCGUGUCUCAGCUAUUCCUGAUUGAUAAUUUUAGAAUAACUGCAAUAAGAUUAUCAUUUAAUUUAUAUACCUGUGCCUUAUUAUUGUGUGCUUUACUGUAUGUAUAACAGUUUCUUUCUACAUACCGAUGAUGAACUAUAUUUUGGAUAAAGUACACAUAUUAAACAAAUGAAUAUUUUUAUGGUUGUCGCUUUGACACAAUCAAAUAUACUGCUCUUUAUCAGUGAAUAAAUAUAUUUAUACCACA